CUGGUGCUGAGAGAAGCGGCGGGGCGAGCCCGGGGCUCUAGUGAACAGCGCCGCCGGGCAAGGAUCACCCGCGGGCCGGCGGGCAGGCAAGCGGAGGCGGCCCGGGCCCCGCGGUCUCCGAGAUGUCACGAUGGCUGUGGCCAUGGUCCAACUGUGUGAAAGAGCGGGUCUGCCGCUACUUGCUGCACCACUAUCUGGGGCACUUCUUCCAAGAACACCUCAGUCUCGACCAGCUCAGCCUCGACCUGUACCGGGGCAGCGUUGCCCUGCGGGACAUCCACCUGGAGACCUGGUCGGUGAAUGAGGUGCUGGAGUCCAUGGAGUCGCCGCUGGAGCUGGUGGAAGGCUUCGUGGGCUCCAUCGAAGUAGCCGUGCCCUGGGCUGCCCUGCUCACCGACCACUGCACGGUGCACGUGGCUGGCCUCCAGCUCACCCUGCAGCCCCGCCAGAGCCCAGGGCCAGUGGCUGCUGACUCCCAGAGCUGGGCCUCCUGCAUGACCUCCAGCCUGCAGCUGGCUCAGGAGUGUCUGCGGGAUGGACUGCCAGAACCCUCUGAGGCCCCGCAGCCCCUGGAGGGGCUGGAGAUGUUCGCCCAGACCAUUGAAACUGUGCUGCGGAGGAUCAAAGUGACCUUUUUGGAUACAGUGGUGAGAGUGGAGCACUCGCCGGGGGACAGGCGGCGAGGGGUGGCCGUGGAGGUCCACGUGCAAAGGCUAGAGUACUGCGAUGAGGCUGUGCGGGACCCAAGCCAGGCACCACCAGUGGACGUGCACCAGCCGCCCGCCUUCCUGCACAAGCUGCUACAGCUGGCUGGCGUCCGCCUGCACUUGGAGGAGCUGCAGUCCCAGGAGGACCCGCCAAAGCCCCCCGUGCAGAUCGGCAGCUGUUCAGGGUACAUGGAACUGGUGGUGAAGCUAAAACAGAAUGAGGCCUUCCCAGGCCCCAAGUUGGAGGUGGCAGGACAGCUGGGCUGCCUGCACCUGCUCCUGACGCCGCAGCAGCUCCAGCAGCUUCAGGAACUGCUCAGCGCUGUGAGCCUGACAGAUGCCGAAGGCCUGGCCGACAAGCUGAACAAGAGCCGGCCGCUGGGUGCGGAAGACCUGUGGCUCAUUGAGCAGGAUCUGAACCAGCAGCUGCAGGCAGGCACUGUGGCCGAGCCCCUCAGCCCAGACCCCCUCAGCAACCCCCUCCUCAACCUAGAAAGCACUGACCUCUUCUUCUCCAUGGCGGGCCUCACGAGCAGCGUGGCCUCGGCCGUGUCUGAGCUCUCCCUCUCCGACGUGGAUCUGAGCUCUUCUGUGCACAGCCAUGUGGCUUCCCGCCGGGCAUCUGUCCAGGCCCCCCGGGCCGGCAAGACAGCUGCUGCUGCUGCCACCACGCCUCUCCCUGACACCAUGCGCCCUGACUCACUGCUGAAGAUGACUUUGGGGGGCCUGACCCUGACCCUGCUGCAGACCGCUGCCCCAUCUUCCGGACCACCUGACCUCGCUACCCACUUUUUUACCGAGUUCGAUGCCGCCAAGGAUGGGCCCGUUGGUUCCCGUGACUUCCACUACCUGCGGCCACGCUUCCAAAGGGCCUGUCCCUACAGCCACGUCCGACUGACAGGUGCGGCUGUGCAGCUGACCUGGGAGCUGCGGACAGGCAGCCGAGGCCGCCGGACGAACAGCACGGACAUGAACUUUGGGCAGCUGGAGGUGUUGGAAUGCCUGUGGCCCAGGGGCGCUUCAGAACCCGAGUACACGGAGAUCCUGGGUUUUCCCAGCAAACUGGGCUCCCAGGCAUCAGCGCGACCUUCUGCUCACCUACGCCACACACAGACCCUGCGCCGUGUGCCCAAGAGCCGGCCCCGGCGCGCUGUAACCUGCCAUUGCCACUCAGAGCUGGCCUUGGACCUGGACGAUUUCCAGUCGGACCUGGAACUUGGGGCCCUGGACCGGCUCACUGCCCUGCUGCGACUGGCCACCACACCCCCUGAGCCACCAGCUGCCACCUCUAGCUUGCUGACGGAACCCCCGCAGAUGGAACAGCAGACGGUGUUCCGGCUGUCAUCACCUCGGGCCACGCUGCGGCUCCACUUCCCCAUUGCCGACCUGCGGCCCGAGAGGGACCCCUGGUCGGGCCGAGCCGUGCGGCCUGAGCAGCUGCGCUUGGAACUGGCUGAGCCCCAUUUCCGCUCAGAGCUUAGCAGUGGGCCUGGCCCCCCAGAGCCCACGCGCCUGGAGCUCACCUGUUCCGACUUGCACGGUAUAUACGAAGAUGGAGAGAAGCCACCUGUCCCCUGUCUGAGAGUCUCCAAAGCCCUGGACCCCAAGAGCACCGGGCGCAAGUACUUCCUGCCCCAGGUAGUGGUGACCUUGAACCCCCAGGCCAGCAGCACACAGUGGGAGGCAGCCACGGACAAGAGGGAGGACCUGGAGCUGUCCACUGAGAGCCCCUGCGAGCUUCGUGAGCCUGAGCCUUCUCCCUUCUCCUCUAAGAGGACCAUGUACGAGACGGAGGAGAUGGUGAUCCCUGGAGAUGCUGAGGAGAUGAGAACGUUCCAGAGUCGGACCCUCGCAAUGUCCCGCUGCACCCUGGAAGUGACCCUGCCCAGCGCUCACAUCUUCCUGCCCAGCAAGGAGGCCUACGAGAGCAUCUACAACAGGAUCAACAAUGACCUGCUCAUGUGGGAGCCCGCGGCCUUGUUCCCCACCCCCUGCCCCGCUGCCCAGCCUCCUGGCUGCCCCAGCCCCUCUUCCAGCUCCUGGCAAGACACCUUCAAGAUGUGCAAGUCGGCCUUCAAGCUGGACUCAGACUCAGACGACGAGGAAGCCCCCUUCUCUGCGGGGGCCUCCUCAGGGGCCCCCCAGCAGCCACCAGCCGCCGAGCCCUCAGGUCCUGCUCGCUCCCAGAGUGCCCUGUCUACCCUCGUGACGGUGCUGAAGGGGCGCGUAACAGCCCUGUGUGAGGCCAAGGAUGAGAGCGGCGGGAGGCUGGAGGCGGCACACGGGGAGCUGGUGCUGGACGUGGAGCAAGGCACCAUUUUCAACGUGUCGCAGUACCAUGGCCAGCCCGGGCUUGGCUACUUCUGUCUGGAAGCCGAAAAGGCCACGCUGUACCACCGAGCGGUCGUGGAUGACUAUGUGCUGCCCGGUCGCCUGGAGCUGCCCACCUCCCCUCCCCCGGCCCAGCUGGCCCCCACCAUCUACCCCUCGGAAGAAGGGAUGAUUGAGCAGGGUGCCUCAGGCCGCCAGGGCCAGGACCCCCACAUGCUGUCCACGGCUGUGCGCAUCCAGCUAGAUCCCCAACGCAAUGUCAAGGAGUUUCUGGUGACCCUGCGACUUCACAGAGCCACCCUGCGCCACUACAUGGCUCUGCCUGAACAGAGCUGGCACUCACAGCUGCUGGAGUUCCUGGAUGUGCUGGACGACCCUGUGCUGGGCUAUCUGCCCCCGACGGUCAUCACCAUCCUGCACACGCACCUGUUUUCCUGUGCCGUGGACUACAGGCCUCUCUACCUCCCCGUGCGAGUCCUCGUCACCGCCGAAUCAUUCACCCUGUCCAGCAACAUCAUCAUGGACACCUCCACCUUUCUGCUCAGGUUCAUCCUUGACGACUCGGCCUUGUACCUGUCAGACAAGUGUGAUGUGGAGAGCCCAGAUCUGCGGCGAGAUUACGUCUGCGUCCUGGACGUGGACCUGCUGGAGCUUGUGAUCAAAACCUGGAAGGGUAGCACCGAGGGGAAACUGAGCCAGCCACUAUUCGAGCUGCGCUGCUCCAACAACGUGCUGCAUGUGCACAGCUGCGCCGACUCGUGCGCCCUGCUGGUCAGCCUGCUGCAGUACGUACUGAGCGCGGGCGACCUGCACCCCCCACCCCGGCCCCCCAGCCCCACGGAGAUCGCCGGCCAGAAGGUACAGCUCUCCGAGAGCCCCGCCUCCCUGCCCGUGUGUCCCCCAGUGGAGACGGCCCUCAUCAACCAGCGGGACCUGGCUGACGCCCUCCUGGACACAGAGCGCAGCCUGCGGGAGCUGGCCCAGCCUGCAGGUAGUGCCCUGUUCCAGGCCUCGCCUGUCUCCGUCUACCUGUUCCCAGGGGAGCGGAAUGGGACCCAGCCCCCUUCACCACCUGCCGGGACCUGUCCUGGCAGCUUUGGGUCCCAGCCUGAGGUAAAGGAAGAUGAAACAGAAGAGGAGGGGCAAGCGGACACAGUGGACAGCGACGAGUUCUGCAUCCUGGAUGCGCCGGGCCUAGGCAUUGCGCCUCGAGAUGGGGAGCCCGUGGUGACACAGCUGCAUCCGGGCCCCAUUGUGGUCCGGGAUGGGCACUUCUCACGGCCGCUGGGCAGCACGGACCUGCUGCGAGCACCUGCCCACUUCCCCAUGCCCUGUAGCCGUGUGGUGCUGCGUGAGCUCUCCCUGGUCUGGCACCUCUAUGGAGGCCGGGACUUCGGUCCCCAUCCCGGCCACAGGGCAAGAGUUGGCCUGGCGGGCCACAGGAGCUCUCCGUCGCGCUGUUCUGGUCACAACCGGCCCCAGAACACGUGGCGCACGCAGGGCGGCAGCGGGAGGCAGCAUCACGUGCUCAUGGAGAUACAGCUCAGCAAGGUCAGCUUCCAGCAUGAGGUGUACCCUGAGGAGCCGGCUACGGCCCCCACGGGGCCUGUGAUGCCUGGCCAGGAGCUGGAGGAGCGGCCGUUGUCACGCCAAGUCUUCAUCGUCCAGGAGCUUGAGGUGCGCGACCGGCUGGCCUCCUCCAAGAUCAACAAAUUCCUGUACCUUCACACCAGCGAGCGCAUGCCGCGGCGCGCGCACUCCAACAUGCUGACCAUCAAAGCACUGCACGUCGCCCCCACCAGCAGUGUGGGUGGACCUGAAUGCUGCCUGCGUGUCUCACUGAUGCCCCUGCGACUCAACGUGGACCAGGAUGCCCUCUUCUUCCUCAAAGACUUCUUUACCAGCCUAGCAGCUGGCAUCACCCCCAUGGUGCCUGGGGAGAGCUCUGCUGAUGCUCGCCCUGAUACCCGAGGCCAGCCCAGCAGCCCCCAGGAAGGUCAACCCAUGGGCAUGGAGGUGGCUGGCAUGCAGGAGGCCACGGGCAGUGGCCACGGCUCGCCUUCACCUGAGCAACAGCCCAUCUACUUUAGGGAGUUCCGCUUUAUAUCCGAGGUGCCCAUCUGGCUGGAUUACCACGGCAAGCACGUGACCGUGGACCAAGUGGGCACCUUUGCUGGCCUCCUCAUUGGCCUGGCCCAGCUCAACUGCUCCGAGUUGAAGCUAAAACGGCUCUGCUGCCGGCACGGGCUUCUGGGUGUGGACAAGGUGCUGGGUUAUGCCCUCAAUGAGUGGCUGCAGGACAUUCGCAAGAACCAGCUGCCCGGCCUGCUGGGGGGUGUGGGCCCCAUGCACUCGGUUGUCCAGCUCUUCCAAGGCUUCCGGGACCUGCUGUGGCUGCCCAUCGAGCAGUACCGGAAGGAUGGGCGUCUCAUGCGGGGGCUGCAGCGAGGGGCUGCCUCCUUCGGCUCAUCCACGGCCUCUGCCGCCCUGGAGCUUAGCAACCGGCUGGUGCAGGCCAUCCAGGCCACAGCAGAGACCGUGUAUGACAUCCUGUCGCCGGCGGCACCCAUCUCCCGCUCCCUGCAGGACAAGCGGUCGGCCCGCAGGCUGCGUAAGGGCCAGCAGCCAGCUGACCUCCGGGAGGGCGUGGCCAAGGCCUACGACACGGUUCGAGAGGGCAUCCUGGACACAGCACAGACCAUCUGUGACGUGGCGUCACGGGGCCACGAGCAGAAGGGGCUGACGGGCGCUGUGGGGGGUGUGAUCCGCCAGCUGCCUCCGACGGUUGUGAAGCCACUCAUCGUGGCCACGGAAGCCACAUCCAGCCUGCUGGGGGGCAUGCGCAACCAGAUUCUACCAGAUGCCCACAAACACCACGCCCUAAAGUGGCGCUCAGAGGCCCAAGACUAAGGCGGGGGGUGGCCAGAACCUGGCAGGGGGUGCUGCUGCCUGCCCUCCCCCCUGCCUGCCCACUGUGCCCUCCCCCUCCCCCACCCCGCCGUGGUGCUGCCAGCUCCAGGGCCUCCCUUAGGAGACCACUGGGUGAGGCCUGGACCCUCCGGGGAACAGCCACUGUGAAGGGUUGGGGCCCCACGGGGCGGCGUCAGCCUAUUUGUGCACUUUUCCCCUGGGCCCUGCCCCAGGACCGGACCCCCGGACCAGACCCCAUUCAGCCAAACGUCUGUCUGCAUCGUGGGAGGAGGAAGGGGGACAGACACCUUGUGUUCAGUGUAUUUUUAUGCUCCUUGAGUGUGUGGGCCGGUGUCUGCAGGAAGUGGAAUAAACUGUGCCCACCGCCA